AUGAAUCAUACAACGACGAUUCUUCGUGCCAGUGAUAGUACUAGUGAUAUUCUGACGACGAUGCCUUACAUAGUUAACAUUUUCAUUGGUACAUUUUUGGUCGUGAUGGGAAACAUUGGUUGUAUUGGUAAUGUGAUUGUAUAUCAAUCAUCAAUAUUUUACAAUCAAGCUUAUGCAAAAUAUCUGUUGGCAGAAACAAUCUCCGAUUUCUUUGUAAUCAACCUUGUACUUCUCACACGAGUGAUCGAAAAAGGUUACGGAAUUCCAGUAUAUACUACUCGCUACGAUUUUUUAUGCAGAAUUCGACAGACUGGUUCGUAUUAUUUUGUUCUGACAUCAUUUUCAUACUAUACACUAGCAACACUCGAUCGAAUUUUAUCCGCACAACGUUCCAAUUGGCUUCGUAAAUGGAGCAAUCGUAUUUCUCUGGCUUAUAAGUUAAUCGUUGCAUGCGCCAUCAUAUGGCUCCUACUCACUGGUCACCGACUUUUCAUAUAUGCAUUGGUCCAUGGCAAAUGUAAUCCUCAACUUGCAGUUUAUGAUCAGAUCAACAAUUAUAUAGAAGCGAUUGUAAUGGAACUUGGCCCACUAGUGAUCGUAUUUACACUUGCAUAUCUUUUGAAAAGAUCUCUUCGACACAUUAUUCAGCGGCCAGCUGCUAGCAUUACUAUUGGAAAACACUCUCGAGUGCGUCAAAUCGAUUCACAAAUUACAUUAAUGUUACUGCUUCAAUCCAUAGUAGCAAUCAUAUCUUUUCUCCCAUAUGGAAUAGAAACACUUUACGAUCAUAUAACUGAAACAUGGUAUAAAACGUCUUUACAACUUGCCAUCGAAAAAAUCAUCGGUCAAAUCACGCAUACAUUAUUAUAUACAUUUUCUGCUUCUGGUUUUCACAUAUCAAUUAUCUCUAGUCAUGGGUUUCGUCGUGAAAUUAAACGUAUCUUAUGCAGGAAAAAGAUACAUCCUUUGCCAACCAUACCGACUUUUACAGCUAGAAUACAAUAA